AUGACGGGCUCGCGGUCGCGGCAGCUCGUCCUCCUGGUUGACCAGUCCGGCAAAGGCGACCAUAGGAGGAUCCAGGACGCCAUCGAUGCGGCACCGGCGGCGAGCAACAACGGCGGCUCAUCCGCCGGCGGCAGCGUCGUCAUCCGGAUCAGGCCCGCAGUAGAGAAAGUGGUGGUGGACAAGCCUUACAUAACUCUUGUGGGCACGAGCGCCAGCUCGACCGUCAUCACCUGGAACGAGUCCUGGGUGGCCUCUGAGAGCCCGACAGUAUCCGUGCUAGCCUCCGACUUCAUCGCCAAGCGCUUAGCGUUCCAGAACACGUUCGGGACUAGCGGGCCGGCAGUCGCCAUGAGGGUCGCCGGAGACAGGGCGGCGUUCUACGGGUGCAGGUUCGUGUCGUUCCAGGACACGCUCCUGGACGACAUGGGCCGCCAUUACUACCGUGGCUGCUACGUCCAAGGGGGCACCGACUUCAUCUUCGGCAAUGGCAAGGCUCUGUUCGAUAAGUGCCACCUCCACUCCGUCUCGCCGGCCGGCGGCGCGUUCACGGCGCAUGAACGGUCGUCGGAGUCGGUGGACACCGGGUUCAGUUUCGUCGGGUGCAAGCUGACGGGGCUCGGGGUCGGCACGUCCAUCCUGGGCCGACCCUGGGGUCCCUACUCCCGCGUCGUCUUCGCGCUCAGCUACAUGUCCAGCACGGUGAGGCCCCAGGGCUGGGACGACUGGAGCGACGCUGACAAACAGAGACAGAGGACCGCGUUCUACGGGCAGUACCAGUGCUACGGGGAAGGCUCCAAAACUGACGGAAGAGUUGCGUGGUCUCACCAACUGUCGCAGGCUGAAGCUGCACCGUUCAUCACCAAGGUUUGGGUUGGUGGACAGGAGUGGCUUCGGUAG